AUGAAAUUCACCUUAUUUUUGUUUUUAAUUGCAACCUCUUUUGCAUUUUAUGAAGAAGAUUUUCUAGACGAUUUUGAAGAUGACUUGGAUGAUUAUGAAGAUUUCUUUGAUGAUGAUGAGGAAGAUUUUCUUGAUGAAAUGGACGAUGAAGACGAUUUUAAUGACUUUGAAGAAGACAAAUUAGAAGAUCUCAACAAUGAAGAAAAUGAUGAAUAUGAAUUAGAACAAGACGCUGGUGGGGCAGAUCCAAAUGCUGCUCAACAAGGUGGUGCUGACCAAAGUGCUGGUGGAGCACAAGGAGGAGCUGCUGGUUCAUGGUCACAGGAAGCUGAGAGUCAAGGUGGACAAUCGCCUAAUGCCAUUAUUGUUUCUGCUCAACGUUUAAUCGCUGAAAUGCAAGCUACGAGAUAA